AUGUCAACCCCCCGGUUUUCGGCCGAGCCGUUGGAAGACUCGACGAACAAAGAGAUCGCACGUCGCCGGAUUGCACUACCGGCAUGGCUGGAUCAUUUCAAUGCGCGCGACCUCAAAGUGCUCUUCCGCUGCUGGGCCGCCGCAUGGGUCGCAUCGCUGUUGAUUGUCAUCGGCCCUGCCUUGCAUAGGAUCGGAAUCGCCACCUUCUUCGCCGGUCUGGUGCUGUACAUCGUACCCCCGGGCGGCAUCUUAUUCGUGUACCUGCUAGCCUCCCUAUCCCUCCUAUUUGGCAUGUGCCUCGCCUGGGCAUGGGGCCUUUUAACCAUGAAAGGUGCUCUUGCGGCGCGACCAAAUGAGCAGACACAGGCUCGUCUGCAAGCGCUGCAACAGCAGGUUGCCGCGGACGCUCAACAAUCCGGCCUGCCGGCGUCAUUCUUGACCCAGAGGGCUGUGUACGAUGGGUUCAUGCUGGAUGCGCGAGUGACCGUAGUAUUUUACGUCAUGAUCUGUCUAUUCGUGUACACCGUCUCACGACUCCGCGUCGCCAACCAAAAGUUCGCGCUGGCCCAGAUAUUCGGCGUCAUUAUCGUGGAUUUAUUCCUAGUGUUUGGGCCCAUCCUUCCAUCAUUCUCGGCGCUUCUGCCCAGGGUCCUGGUCGAGCCAGGAGCCAUUGGCAUUGGUGUGGGUGUCGCCUGCAAUGUCGUCUUCUUCGCGCAGUCGGCAUCGAGUGCCGUCUUGGCGAAGACGCAGCAACUGGUGAGCAUGAGCGAGAAGCCACUGCAAUGCACUCGCUCGCGUUUCUCGGGGAGAGCGGUUGACCUGGGCGAGCUCGAGGCAUCCAAAGCGAGCACUAUAGCACUCUUCAAAGCCACCGAGCCAGCGCUCGCGUUCCUUCCGGUAGAUGUAUCCUGGGGCCGAUGGAGUCCCGAGGAUGUCAAGUCAUUAUACCAGCCCUUGCGGCGCGCCAUGGUUGCCGGCCUCUCGCUGCUAGAUUUCCACAUAUCACAUAUCAGAACCGACAAACAGCUAGAGAAGAUGCCUCGACCCUCGGUCGAAGGUCCUAACAUCGCUCCCGGGGAAAAGCCACCGCGCGUCGGUCGCCAUCAACUACAGGAAAGCGCCUAUCUCAUGCAAGCACUGCGGAGCCCGGAGGAGGCAGAUAUUCGCGCACAUACUCGCGACGCCUUACAGGCCUCGACCGCCGAGAUGUUACAUCUUUCCUCGGAGUCGCUCAGCUGGGUGGGCCAGAUUAUCCACACCGUGAACUCGGAACGUUGGCUUCGUCGCACGUCUUUAGAUCGAAUCACUCACCUGAUCACUCGGGGCCAGAGUCUUCGGAGCAGCCUUGAAUCAUCACGAGAAAGGUCCCGGACAGAAACCACAGCGCGCCUACUGGAAAGCCAUGCAGAGAUGUUUGACGCCACUGGGCAGCUCAAGAGUCGUGAUCAACUAGGCCCUCAUUCUCUUCGAGGUCUUGUUCUCGGGAUGGUCGUCGAAGAGCGCAUCCUCGGUGCCGCAGAAGCCAUCGAGGAUUUGCUGCUGCAUGUCACGCGCUUGCUGCAAGAUCGCACCAAACUCCGACUCUGGCUGCCGUCACGUCUCCGGCAUGCCUUCUCCUGGCUGGUGAAUCGGCGUCACCCAGCCCCGGCACCCGAUCUACCGGCCAACGGAGGAAGCGAUCCAGACCUCGUGGCGGAGCAGACGGAAGAAUGGCUGACCAACGCUGGCGGGAUGUACGCCCUGCGCAUGGUGGUGGUGACCAUCGCGACUGCAAUCCCCGGGUCCCUUCCGCACACGGCGGGCUUCUAUUACCGCGAAAAGGGCAUAUGGGGUCUCAUCACGGCGCAAACCACGCUACUAGUCUAUAUGGCCGACUUUACCGUCUCCCUGGUCGGCCGCACGGUGGGUACCGUGGUCGGCGGUGUCCUGGGCAUGGCGGCCUGGUAUAUCGGGUCGGGAAACGGGCCGGGUAAUCCGUACGGAUUGGCCGCCAUCACAGCGGUCAUGACGCUGGUUCUUAUGUGGUGGCGUCUCUUCUUGCCACCGGUGUUCACGAUGGCGGCCAUCAUGAGCGGUGCGACGUUCAUGCUUGUCCUCGGCUUUAGCUACGAUGACACGCACAUGCCGCAGUACGGGCUGCCCGGGCACGGAUAUACAGCCUUCUACAAGCGACUUGUCACCGUGCUGCUGGGAUUUGUGGCAGCUUUCGUCGUGCAAAUCUGCCCUCGUCCGCCGUCAGCAACCCGACACACAUGCAAGACGCUGUCUAACACGGUACGCACCUUGUCAGAUCAUUAUGCUCUUCUCCUGUCGCACUGGGGACGCGCACACCCUGACGCUAGGGAGGGCAAAACCAGGCCUGUCGGUGCCGUUGCGGAGAAGAUCUCGUUGGAGGUUGCUGAGACCCUUCUCUCGGCGCAGCAGAGCAUAGCGCUGCUCCGGUUCGAGAUGACACUGGGUCCAUUCGAUUCACAGACCCUCUCGCAAGCGGUCCGUCUAUGUCAGGACAUGAACCAAGCCUUAGGGCGACUACUGUUACUCUCAGAUACCCUCCCUGGUCACUUUCAGAGUCGAUUAUCCCACGCCGUCGGAAUCCUUGAUGAUUAUCAUAUCGGUGACAUCAUGGGCGUCCUCAGUAUCAUUGAACAGGGAUUGCGACUGGGGCUUCCUCUCCCGGAACGACUCCCCACGCCGUUGCUUAAACGCUGCUACGAGUCAUGGCACGAGCAGCACCGAGAAGCGCAGUUGAGUACCGAGCUUGUCCGAGACGAGAACUAUCGUAGGUACUGCGUCGGGGUAAGCGCUUAUCUCAAGUUCUUAGCCGCGAUAGAUGAGAUGGUCCUAGUGUUGAAGGGAUCAUUGGGCGAAUCGCAUCUCGUUAGACGCUGGGACGGGGAUGAAGUGGUUUAG